AAGAUCAACAUAUAGACAGUGAUAUGGGCGUCACAAAGGCCAUGGAGCUCGCCACUAAAGCCAGCAAAUGGUCACAGACCUAUCUAGGAACACCACUCAGCAAACUGCCUCUCGACCCCACCACAGUCAGUGAAGUUUUAAGACUGCACCUGCUGUCGUCGGGCGCGGGCCCGGGCGCGCGCUGCGCGUCGUGGCGCUACCAGGCGCGCGGCUACACCAGCGCGGACGACGGGCUGCGCCUGCGCGUCACGCAGCCGCGCCUGCUGCGCGCGCUCGCCCGCGCGCACGUGGCCGACCUGCCGCUAGAGGAUAAGUUUUUGGUGCUACAGUGUCUAAUGAACCAAAUACUAAGUUACGCGACGGUGCGAGACGUCGUCGAGGAAAAACUCGAGGAAAUGAAAAACACGAAACAGGCGCUAAGGCUGUUACAGACAAACGAACGUAAACGCGAAGUCCAAGUCCAAGCCGCGAAACAAGAGCUAAAGAAGGAAGCAGCAGCCAAGAAGGAGGAGAACAAGCAGAGCGGCGAGAAGGCGCGCGCCGUGGACGAGGAGACGAAGGCAGCCAUCGAGAAGCUGACGGCGGACAGCGAGGAGAAGAGAAAGGAGUACGAGAAGAAGCUGCAGGAGCUGCAGACUGAGCUGUUCGAGUACACGUCGUAUGUCGGAUCUGACCGCGCGUUCCACCGCUACUGGGUGAUGCGGUCGCUGGGCGGGCUGUUCGUGGAGGCGGGCGCCGAGCCGCGCGGCGUGUGCGGCAAGCCGCUGCUGCCCGCCGGCGACACCGACACGCUGCAGCAUGUGCAGGCGCUCUUCGAGCAGCAGAAGGAACGAGCCGGUAGCGACAAAGAGAACGAGUCGGGCUCAAAUUCCCGCGGCAAUUCUCCUAAAAAGCCGCUAGCCAACCUGAACGGGUUGUCGCAGAAGCUCAAUGGGCUGGAAUCCAACACGCAGCAGCUGCGAGACCUGCUCAUGUGUACAGGAGACGCUGCUACUUGCCUCGUGCAUGGAAAGUCGGAGCGGCCGCGCUGGUGGGUGUACCACUCGGGCGCGGCGCUGGACGCGCUGGCGGGCGCGCUGAACCCGCGCGGGCUGCGCGAGGCCGAGCUGCGCGCCGCGCUGCUGGGCGAGCGCGCGCGCCUGCUGCCGCACCUCGACCGCUGCCCCGUGCAUCUGCUCAACCCCGCCGCCGCGCCCGUGAGCCCCGGCCGUCCGACGCACUACACGCGGCUGCGCAAGCCGCAGCUGUCGCUGGCGGUGCCGGCGGACUGCUCGCUGGCGGAGGCGCUGGAGCUGUCGCUGCGGGACCACAUCCUCGAGCUCGAGGAGAAGAUCUUCCACGGCUGCCUCGGCGCGCUCAAAGUCAAGGACCGCGAGGCCUGGCGCGGCACGCUGAUGCUGCGCGGCUACGACAAGCAGGCGGAGUUCCUGACGUGGGGCCCGCGCCAGCAGUACCGGGACGACUACCACCUGCCCGACGGAGAGCUGCACGUGCCCGACGACAUGGAGGAAGAGGAGCGGCAGUCCAUCGCUUUAAACAAAUACCGCGACCCGGGGCACUACCUGGAGGCGCCGCGCAACGGGCUCAACGGCCCCGGGCCGGCCUCCGCCGCGGCCCCGGCCCCGGCCCCGAGCGGCCCCACAGUCCGCGCGCUGGCCUCGGCCCUGCUGCAGGUGUCGCGCGCCAUCCACCACAAGUACCUGCGCCGCCCGCUCGGACUCGACGACAAAGAACGAAAGGACCGUGAAGCAAGAAAUAAGCCCUUAGACCUGGAAGCCCUGGAGCGAUGGGAGGUAUCCCUCAUGGAGUGCAAGAGCCUGUCGCAGCUGGUACUGCACCUGUUCACGCUAGACUCCAGCAUCACGUGGUCAGCCAGCAUCCUCAACGCAAGCUGCCGGCUGUGCAGGCGCAAGACAGACCCCGACAACAUGCUGCUGUGCGACGGAUGCAAUAAGGGACACCAUCUAUACUGCUUGAAGCCCAAACUUACCGUAAGUGGAUUAAUAUAUAGUCUGAAACUGCACUGCACACGACUAAACUAAGUCCUCUUUUAAACUACGAUUGAUCGCUUC